AUGGAAAGAGAGGAAGACAAUCAGAUUCUUUCCUCCCUGCAUGUGGGCUCGGGGCCUCAUUGGACCUUCACGUUUGGAAGCUGCUUUCGCUGGGUGUCCGCAGGGGCACCCCGCACCCUUUCCCCGCUCCUUAGGGCUUCGGCCUUCGAAGCCCGGAGGGAGGCGCUCACGUGCCCCGGGGGCCCCAGAGGGAGGACGGGACUGGAGGCGGAGCUGAAUAGGGCGGACCACCCAACGAGCGCCCAUUCAUCCACCCCACGCGGUGGGGAAGAGCCAAGCAUGGAGCCUGAGGCCUCGCUCAGAAAAGCAGCACACUUUUACCCUGUGGAUAUUUUGGAAGAUAAUCCUGAAAUGGUUCAAGAAUCCACUUUGGCCUACUAUUCUACAUUUGGAGAACAAGCUGGUACUUCUCCUCCUCAGUACUAUUCUCUUCCUAACGGUGAAAAGGUUAAACUUGAAGAUGCCUCUGUUCGCUUGCUUCCUUUGUACCGUGAUGAACCUAAACAUAAAAUAUUGGUUUUGGUUAAUCCCCAAGACAAAAAGACAGUCUUGGCUGUUUACCUGAAUAAAUCCUGGUGGUCCACAGAAGAGAUAAUGAAAACAUCUGAUCCUUCUAGAGAAGGUCUAAUACAAGUCCAGUCUUUUGGAGAAAGGAUUAUACUUUUUAUUCUUAACUACGUUAUUUUUGGAAGAUUGGAGAGAAAUUUGGAUGAUGACAUGUUUUUUUUGCCACAUUCUGCUAAGGAACAUGCAAAAAUCCUAUGGAGGAAUGGAGCUGCGAUUGCUUUUUAUACCAUCAAGAUGAAAGGUAGUCUGUGUGGCAGGAACACCAGCAAGUGCUAUAUGCUGCCUGUGUUGGACACUGCAUUUGUCAGGAGAAAACACCGCAGAGAAGGUCUUGGGAUGAAAAUGCUGCAUGACUUUUGUCAGACUUUUGAGACUGAAGAUGCCUUAGGGAUUAGCUGCCCUAUUUCUACUGCUAUGUACCAAGUUUGUCAAAAGUUCUUAAUGACCUAUCCAGAGGAGCAGGAUCGACUCUGGGAAGUAGAGGCCCCAGGAGACUGGGGUCAGAGGGUGAAUAUUUGGCUAAAGAUUCAGCUUGAACCAAGCCUUUCCUAUAGGAAAGUGACUCGUCAGGAAAGUUCAGAGGAGUCAGGAAGCUGCCACAGAGAAAAUUUCCAAGAUGAUGAACUGAGACCAUCAGAUAAUGGAGAAAUCAACAAGGAUAGUCAUGGUAGAGAAGCAAUAGAAGAAGUAAAGGAGACUAAAGAUAGCUUAAUAAUAGAAGAUGAAUUUGCUCCACAGCUUCCUAGACAAGAAAGCCUGAUUCAAGAGAUCCAUGAUGUUCAGUGGAAUGCCAAGAGGAGUUCAGACAAAGCAGAUAUAGUUGAAAAUAAGCCUGCUAAACAGGUCAGGCCCAGUUUCUGACUUCCUUAUUCUUGAUGAUAGAACCAUGGAGAGGAAGUUGAAGAACUAACUGGAUUCCAGUCCAGACAUUGUCAACUGGGUAAUUAUAUAACUGUAAAUAAGUCACAACUUUUCUGUCUUAGUUUUCUUAUUUAUAAAAUCUGCCCUACCUAUUUCACAGAAUUGUUAUGAGGAACAAAUGAAUAAAACAUAUGAAAGUACUUUAAAAAUAAUAAAGCAAUUGUACCAAUGCAAGGAAUAAUACCAAAAGGUUAUUGUUCCAUUUAUCAAGAUGCCAUUAUUGUUUUCUUCAGAGAGACCUGAAAAGGUUUCUGCACCUUAAGAUAUUUCAUGGUGAGAGAGGAUUCUGAAUAUCUUUAGCACUGAAAAUGAACUUUGUUUAACUUUUUCCUGUUAUGGAAAAAUAUAGACAAGAGUAAAGCUCUCUUUUCUCCACUACGGCAGAAAUAGUUUUGAAGAAGUGCAUGGAAUGUCUAGAAGGAAGUAAUUGGGGUUUGUAGAUACUGCUGUCAGAUAUUUCUAUGGAAACAAUAUUCCUGUCCUUUAAAGCAAGAUGCUACAAUAUGGAGCCAGGAUCAAAUGACAGUGUAACUUAUUUUGCAAGAUAAAUACUGAAUUUUUCUUUUUCUGGCCUUUAUGGGAAAAAAAAGGCAUUCAAAAGAUUUACCUUCUGCAACCUACAUUUUAAGUUUUAUCCUUCUCCCUAAUGCAUAUUGUAGGUAGAAUGCAGUUCUGUGCUCUUGAUACCUUAUCAUAUAUUGCUGGCAUUAAAUAAUUUUUUUUCCAUGCUGGUGGUGUUUAUAAUACAUUCCAUUAGGCUAGUCAGUUCUUAAAGGGACAGGAGUUGUUUCUGAGAGCUAAGGAACUGUAGAUUAUUUUUUGAAAGUGAAAAAAAGCUUUCCCAGUCAUCAUGGCAGUAUAUAGUAAAUUGGAGAUACCUAGUAUCCUCCCACUCAUCAAAUUCAUCACUAAAAGCUGCAACACAUCUCUGAAUGUUGAUUUAGUCAUUUGUAGAAUGAAGAGCUUUGCCUAGAUUAAUGUCUCCCAAAUUUAUCUGCCCCUAAAAUAGUUUGGGGGAUUGAAAUAAAUUCGCAGAACCUGUAACUAUUUGUCUUCAGGACUCUUAAGGGCAUGGGAAUUCUGGAGUAAAAUUAAACCUAUAUUCCUAUCAAAAAUAAGUGAAUACAUGUAUUUGACAUAUGAUUUUAUGUGUUACAUUAUAGAGGAAAAAUACCACUAUAAGUGACCCUAACCUUUAUUGUUUAGAAUGCCAGAGUUCCGUGGAAUGUAGUUUUGGGAUAGAUGUCCAAAAUAAGUGAUCUUUGUGUUUUCCAUUAUGGUACAAUGGGAAAAGUGCUAGAUUUGCAAUCAGGAAACAUGAAUUUAGAUCCUGACUGAAAUUUACUCAUUUCAGCUGUCUAGGUCUCAGUUUCUCCUUUCUACAAAUACUAUGUUGUUUGAAUCUCACCACAGUCCUUUGAAGUCAGAAAGAUAUGUGUUGUUAUUUUGCAGAUGAAAUAUAGACUUGGAUUUAAUGACUUAGUGUCAAAUAUAAGUAGGAUGGGCACUGAGAUCUCACCUGACUGCAAACACAUCACUCUUUCUACCAUAUGAUGUUACUAGGAUUGUUAGAUUCCCUACCUCAGGCCUGGAAUUUGCCACCUCUGGAACUCUCCAUGACCAGACAAUCAGUUAUCUCAAGAGAAUAUUCUGCUAGCUGCUGGAAUCUAUUUUUUUGAAAACUUUAAUUAGUCAAUUUAGAACAUUUUUCCUUGGUUACAAGAAUCAUAUUCUUUCCCUCCCCUCCUACCACCCUUUCCCAUAGCUGAUGCACAAUUCCACUGGGUUUUACAUGUGUCCUUGAUCAAAACCCAUUUCCAUGUUGUUGAUGUUUGCACUAGGAUGAUCAUUUAGAGUCUACAUCCCCAAUCAUAUCCCCCUCGACCCAUGUAAUCAAGCAGUUGUUUUUCUUCUGUGUUUUUGCUCUCACAGUUUUUCCUCUGAAUGUGGAUAGUGUUCUUUCUCAUAAAUCCCUCUGAGUUGUUCAGGAUCACUGCAUUGCCACUAAUGGAGAAGUCCAUUACAUUCGAUUGUACCACAGUGUAUCAGUCUCUGUGUACAAUGUUCUCCUGGUUCUGCUCCUUUCACUCUGCAUCAAUUCCUGGAGGUCAUUCCAAUUCACAUGGAAUUCCUCCACUUUAUUAUUCCUUUGAGCACAAUAUUAUUCCAUCACCAACAUAUACCACAAUUUGCUCAGCCAUUCCCCAAUUGAAGGGCAUCCCCUCGUUUUCCAAUUUUUGCCACCACAAAGAGCGCAGCUAUGAAUAUUCUUGUAUAAGUCUUUUUCCUUAUUAUCUCUUUGGGGUACAGACCCAGCAGUGCUAUGGCUGGAUCAAAGGGCAGACAGUCUUUUAGCUCCCUUUGGGCAUAGUUCCAAAUUGUCCUCCAGAAUGGUUGGAUCAAUUCACAACUCCAAGCUGGUGGAAUCUAUAGACAGAUUCUGUUUUUAUUCCUUUGCUGGUGCUUUUCCUCUGCUCUCCCUCAAUUAGAAGGAAGAAAUCUAUUUGAGUAAUAAUAUAGAAUCCAGAAGAAUGCAUCUUGGAGUCCUUUAAAGGAAGUCUUCAAAUACACUUAAAUUUGUGUGUACAGAUGCCCUAUGAAUGUCAUUUAAGACAUGUAUUCUAAUGUGAAAGGAAAAUUGUUUAUUGUAUGUACUGAAUUACUUGAAAAACUAAUGUGUAGUGCUUUGCAUUUAUAAGAAAAUACACCGAUGAUGUGUUUCAGGGGAUUGAUGAUGUCAUGUUGCAAUAAAAGGCUUCUUCCAAAAGAAAUACAACUGAUAUGUUAGCAGCAUUUAUUUUGGGACAGUGAAAUCAAUGUCAUUUAGUUUUUGUAAUAUUCCAGAGUUAAGCAAAACCUCUCCUUGAGCACCAGAUAUCCAAUUACAUGCCAUGCUAAUGCAGUGACUACGUUGCUGUUGCUAUUAACUGCAAUUCAGGAUUGUCAGUCAGUAAUCAUUUGUUAAGUGCCUACUACAUGCCAGGCACUGUAUUAAGUGUGAAGGAUACAAGAAAUGGCAAAAGACAGCCCAUGCUCUCCAAGAACCUCACAGUCCAAUGGGGGAAAUGGCAUAUAAGCAAAUAUGUGCCAAUGAAUAAGAAAUGAUCAAUAGAGUGAAGACACUAGAACUGAGAAGGAAUGAGAGGCGAUUGCUUAAAAAUCACUGAUAAUACUAUAAUAUAAAUAUAUACUAAUAGUAUGAUUUUUGAAGAUAGAUAACACAUUUAUCUUUCUUAAUAGGGUUUACUUAACACAGUACCAUUCACAGACACUCAGAAAUAUUAACUGACAGGGUUGAGGCCAUUCUUAUGGAAUCCUAAAGUUUGAUAAAAAAGUAAGCUUCUGUUCAUGAAAUAAAAAAGAAGGGAAUCUUGGGGAGAAUUUGGUUAUGGAUAUUAUGGAUAUUAUAUUUGAUUAUGGAUCUGCCAUUAUGGUUUCUUGGAUCACAGGAGUGUAGUUUUAGACCUGGAUGGGAACCAGAGAGAUUAACAACUCCAGCUUCUUCAGUUUUUAUAUAAGGGAACUAAGGCCUAAAGAAAUGAUUUGUCUAAGGCGACAACCAGACCAGAUUGAGGGAUAAGUCACCCCGACUAUAAAGUCAGAGUCUAUGAUUCUCCAGCUACCCAGGAGUCCAUCCGUAGCAAGAAAGAAGCAAGUCAGACAGUGGAAAAGGCUUUUAAAAAGGAUUCUGAUAGUGAAAGGUUACAAUUCUCUGUCAAGGUAACACAAAAGGCUGCUCCUUGGGGAUUCUCACCUUUAUCUCUGCUUUGCAAAGGUCAGUGAACUAUUAACCAAAGGAAUGAGCUCAAGGAGAGGAAAUAACCUGGUUUGGCAGCUCAGUCCUGAGUUCUACAUCACAGAACUGCCAAUACUAGGCAGAUUCUAUUAGAAGAUAUGGAUGGGAGUCAUCAUAAAACAGUAAAAGUACAUUGAACUUAGUGUAAAGGUUUGACUCCCAGCUCUGCCAGACAUGAUCUGUGUUAUCAGUAUCAAGGAGUAGUCUCUUUUUAGGUACCCUUUCAGUCUAGUACUCUGGUCUGGGUUUUUUUUUUUUUUUUGUAUUUUGUGACUGAUUUUCAUUCUCUUUCUUUGACAUUAAGCUGUUCAAGAUCAGCAAAAUAAUGGAUUCCAAAGAAUUGACAAUUGAAGAGAGCUUCAAUGAGUCUCUAUUAAGUUAAAUAUUUAAAAAAGAUCCCAUCCUCUUAAUACAUGUAUAACACAGUGGAAUUGCUUGUCAACUAUGGGAGUGGGGAGGUAAGAGGAGAGGGAGACAACAUAAAUCAUGUAACUUUGGAAAACUUAUGUGUACAUUUGUUAUUGGAAUAAAAUAAAGAAAUAAAAUAAAAUGAGCUAGAGAAGGAGAAAAGAAGAUUCCAUCAUCUGAGGGUACCAGUAUGAAGUUGGUACAUCAGCAUCUGGUUCCUUUUUAUGGUGGGAAGAAAAAGAAUUUUAACUUCCAAGUUAAAAUCUCCUAUAUAUAUCUGAAUAGCCAGGGAACCUGACCGUAGAACACUUCUGUUCCAAACUUUAGUGUUGACUUCUUUUUUUUUUUAAACCCUUACCUUCCAUCCUGGAGUUGACUCUGGAGUUGACACAAUACUGUGUAUUGGCUCCAAGGCAGAAGAGUGGUAAGGGCUAGGCAAUGGGGGUCAAGUGACUUGCCUAGGGUCACACAGCUGGGAAGUGUCUGAGGCCAGAUUUGAACCUAGGACCUCCCAUCUCUAGGCCUGGCUCUCAAUCCACUGAGCUACCCAGCUGCCCCCCAUAGUGCUGACUUCUUGCCAUAUGAUUAGGAAGAAAAUGAUUUAGGUCCGUAUUUUUUUUCAUUAUAGAACAAAUUAUUUAUUCCAAGUUCUAACAAAGAUUUAUAGAAGUUGUUAUACAAUAUAAGUGAAUACUGAAAAUCAGGAACAAGUUUUCAGAGCUGUGCCAUUUCCAGUAUAGUUAAGUAGAUGUUUUUGUAAGAAAAAUAAAUGAGUUAUUUACACAUUAUUCAAGAGUCCAUAAAAUAGGUUUUCAAAGUUCAGAUCCAAGUUUGACACAUACCUUCCUUGAAGUGGUCACAUUUACUUUACAAAGUUAUAAUUAUAUAAAAUAUGGUAAUAUUUAAAUAAUGUGACUACUUUAGGGGAUUCAUUGUUACACUAAUUGUAUUGAUUUAAUCAUUUGCCUAUCCAGAUACAUUUCAUGAUCUGGUCAAUGAUAUUAUUCAUCCACCAUGUUUUUCACACCAUGUGUAUUGUUAAACUGGUCUCUUUGGAAUAUUUGUGGAUUUCACUGAAGAAGCAUAGUAUUCUGAGACUUGAUGCAAUUGACACAGCAUCAACUAGUGAAAAGAACAUUUGGAGAAUCAAUAGGGAGCCCUUCUGUUUGGUCUCUGCAUAGAAUAUCCUCUAUGAUAGUGAUGAACACCUUGGGUGAGCAUAUGUCUCUCUGUUUUAUACCUUACUUGAUAUUACGACUUAGUAGGUAAUUGAACAAAACGAUCUCCAUACUCACACCUGUCAUAGAGUCUAAUAAUAUUUUGACAUUUUUAUGGGAGACACAUUGAAAAGAUAUUUUAAAAGUACAUUUUUAUUGAAUCAAAUGCUUUUUAAAAAAAUCAACAAAAAUAGAUAUUAUAGGAUCUUAUAUUCACUAUACCUCUCAGUCACAUAUAUAACUAUGAAGAUGUGGUCUAUUAUAAAAACAAUAUCGGUAAUAUUCCGCCUGUUUCAUUCCUUGCUUUUCAUUGAAGCUAACCCCAAUACAUAAGUGUACCUCUACUUGUCAAAAUUUUAAAGAUGAGAGAGGGCAUAUAUGAGCUUUGUCUUUAUGUCUUUUUGUUCAUUUUUGGGGGCAAUGCUUAUGGUUGGUCCAGUCACUCUGGGAUCUUUUCUAAGUCUGGGAAUCAUUUCCUGUAAUAUAUUAUAUAUGCUAUAAUAUAUAAAAUAUAUGUAAACAUAAUUAUAUGUAACAUAUAACUGUGUGUGUGUUCAUGUGUGCAUAUAAUAAACCUUCUGGCUACAAAAA